AUGUCACAUUUGGACCUCACUGGGUGCAAGAAAAGAAAAAGAGGAGAGAAGGUCUUUAAGUUCAGGACUUUUGGUGAGCAUGGUUGUCCUAUAGAGUCUAGAGGGCCAUUUUGGCAGAAUUUGAAAGCCCUUCUGGAAUUUGGGCACUCGGAGAGUGGCGGUGGAAUGGCGAGUUGGUCUUUUCAGCUCAAAGUCCAUCGCCACCCUCCGGUUCAUGUCUUCUUGUUUGUCGUUGAAGAACAGAUUGAGGCAUCGAUCAAUCGUCACUGCAAGCACUGCCAAUUUGUAGGCUGGGGGCAACAUAUGAUAUGCAAUAAGAAGUAUCAUUUUUUGGUGCCCUCCAAGGACACAAUCUCGGCUUGUUUGAGCUUUUGGGACAACCAUGAUGGAUCAGAUUCAACAAAGGGUAAGUACAAUUUUGUGGAAUUAAAGGGCCAUGUCAUGCAUGGUGUGUUUCACUGUAAUGGGUUCGGCCAUUUGCUGUGUGUCAAUGGAGUGGAAAUGGGAUCAGACUUGACUGGGCACCAGAUCAUGGACUUCUGGGAUCGUCUCUGCACCGGAUUGCGAGCAAGGGAAGUAAGUCUAUAUGAUAAUUCACAGAAGAGAAGCAUGGAUUUGAGUUUAAUUCAUGGAGUAGCAUAUGGUAUGCCAUGGUUUGGUCGAUGGGGCUAUAGCUUUCAUCGUGGAAGCUUUGGUGUUACUCCAACAAUGUACCAAAAAGCAGUAGAAGCAAUAAAAAGCAUGCCAUUGAGCUUGCUUGUUCAUCAUCUUGUCAGUUUUAAUCAUGAGAUUUCAAUUAUUUUCUCAAGGUAUCAAACACUUUCAGCCCAUUCUUUGGUCACCCUUGGCGAUCUAUUGCAUUUCAUGUUAGAGAUUAAGUCCCGCCUUCCAAAGGAAAGUUGUGUCGAUUCAUACAAGCCGGGACUCCUGGUGGAAACUUCUUGCAGAUGGUCUCCUAAGCGAGUUGAAAUGGCCACUCGGGUUAUUGUUGAAGCCCUAAAGAGGGCUGAAUUCAGGUGGGUUUCGAGGCAAGAAGUUAGGGAUGCUGCUCGUGCCUACAUUGGUGACACCGGUUUAUUAGAUUUCGUGCUCAAGUCCCUUGGAAAUCACAUAGUAGGGAAUUAUUUGGUUCGUCGCAGCUUAAAUCCAGUAACAAAAGUUCUUGAAUACUGCUUGGAGGACAUCUCUAAAGCAAUUCCCAAUCAAGAAGGUAUAGUUAUGAAAGAUUCAAAAGUCAAGACUCAAUACAAUAUCACAAGGCUGCAACUUGUGAGGGACAUGUUUCACUUGUACAAACAUGUACUUAAAGACCAAAAGCCAACAAUGACUGCAGGCAUACUUGCUACAAUCCCAAUAGCUUCAAGGAUUAUUCUUGAUUCCAAGUACCUCAUCAAGGAUUACCCUGAGGACCUACCACCAAAACUUUUAGGCCUCGAAACAAAAUCAAAGCUAUAUUGCACGGUUAUGUUAUCGAACAAUGGUCACGAGGUUGAUGAAAGGCUAGGAAAUAUUAUAAUGGCACCAUAUGAGUGUAUCAUGUUGAGACACAAUGCUACAUUUGAUGAGCUCAAGCUAGAAGUUGAAAGGAGUUUUAGAGAGAUCUAUUGGGGAUUGAGGUGCCUUGUGGUACAAUCUAUCGCGAAUUUGAAAGCCAAGGGAUCAGAUUUAGUUUUUGGGCUAGUUGAAGAGGGUGGUAAACUUGUCUUCAAGGGGACUAAUGGAGAGAGAAGGAUCAUCACUGAGGAUAUAUAUGAAGGUACUAACAGUAAUUGUGUUAUGGAUUGUCCUUGUGGAGCCAAAGACAAUGACGGUGAACGUAUGAUAUCGUGUGAUAUUUGUGAAGUUUGGCAGCAUAGCCGGUGUGCUCGGAUUCCAGAUGACGAAGAAAUUCCAAAUAUAUUUCUGUGCAGUCGGUGUGAGCAGGACAUUUCACUCUUCCAUUCUCUACCAUAG